AUGGACAUAGUAGGGCCUAUGGUCUCUUCGGGACCAAAGCAAUUCCAAUACCUACUAGUCCUUACUGACUACUUCACUAAAUGGAUCGAGGCCAAACCAUACCAACAAACGACCGAACUCGAGGUCCGGAAAUUUAUCUGGAAAGACAUCAUUUGUCGACACGGGCUCCCUUUCGAGAUCGUGACAGAUAACGGAUCUCAGUUCAUAGCUCGAACAUUCAAAGACUUCUGCAAGAAGUGGAACAUACGCAUAACGUAUUCCACACCUCGUUACCCUCAAGGGAAACGGGCAAGCUGA